AUGGAUUUAACAGCCAUGCAGUGGUAUUUUGAUGAAGUCAAAAGUAAGGGUCUGGCAGUGGAAAAAGCAGUAAUAUAUGUAAAUGGUAUAACUCAGAUGUCCCGAUUGGCGAUUGACAUUAUGGGGGAACUCGGACAGUCUGCAUAUGUUGGAAAUGAGAAAAUAUUCAAGAUGUACCAUUCCGGAAUGUCUAGGGCAGAUCUUGAUGGAAUUUUAGCAAGCUUUGCUGACCCUGAAUCAAAAAGCAGGUUUCUAAUUGCCACAGUUGCAUUUGGGAUUGGAAUUAACAUUCCAGACAUUCGUUUCAUUAUGCAUUGGGGUGCUCCCAAGACAGUGGAAGAUUAUUGGCAAGAGGUUGGUAGGGCAGGACGAGAUGGAAAACCAGUACAGGCAAACAUGUAUGCCACAAAGGUAUCUUUAAUAAACUGUUCAAAAGAAAUACAGGGCCUUGUGAAAACUGACAGCUGUUACCGUCAAUCGUCAAUACAUAUUGGAUUUAUUGUCUUUUACUCAGAUAUUUAA